UAAAACCAUAUUAUACGUUUUUGCUUUUCUUCACCAAAAUGGAUCAUGAAGAGGAGGAGAUUGAGAUCCCUAAUUACUUUAUCUGCCCAAUCUCACUAGAGAUUAUGAAAGAUCCAGUCACGACCGUUUCUGGCAUCACUUACGACCGUAAAAGCAUCGUUCAGUGGCUAGAGAAGGUCCCAUCGUGUCCCGUAACGAAGCAGCCUCUUCCUCUAGACUCCGAUCUUACACCUAACCAUAUGCUUCGCCGUCUGAUCCAACACUGGUGCGUCGAGAAUGCAACGCGCGGCGUUGUUAGAAUCCCUACGCCUAGAGCUCCUCUAGGGAAGCUUAACAUCGUCGAGGAGAUCAAGAAUCUCAAAAAGUUUGGACAAGAAGCCUUGAGAAGAGAAGAUACGUUAAAGAAGCUUGAAGUUUUGGCUAUGGAGGGAGAGAGGAAUAGGAGACUGAUGUGUGAAGGAGGUGUACAUAAGUCUUUGAUCUUGUUCGUAGUCAAGUGUACUAGUGAAGAAGAAGAAGAAGAAGAAGAAGAAGAAGAGGAGGCACAACGUCGUACCAAAAGGCAGCUAGACGAGUCUCUGCGUCUUCUUUACUUGAUAGGUGUUCCAUUAAACGAGGCAAGAACAAUCUUGAUCGAAAAUGAUAGAAUCUUGGAAUCGUUGACUUUGGUUUUAAACCAACAAGACUUCCUCAACAAGGCAUAUACUAUUGUCCUCUUAAGGAACUUAACUGAAAAUACAUCCUCUCAUAUCGUCGAGAGAUUAAGCGCCGAGGUUUUCAAAGGCAUCAUAGGGUUUCUCAAGGAUGUGGUAAGUAGUUUUAAUCGCAUAAACCCUAGCGUGAGUGCUACGGUGCAACCAUCAAACUCUAGAGUGAGAACGAAGGCGCCAUCAGAACUUGAUCAUGGCGUGGUUAUUAAACAAGCUGUGACCGCUGCAUUAACGAUUCUUCUAGAGACCUCUUCUUGGAGCCGGAACAGAACCAUCCUAGUGGAUCUCGGUGCGGUCUCUGAACUCGUUGAACUCGAAAUAAGCUCAACUGGCGAGAAGAGAACCACUGAACUUGUGUUGGGAAUCUUGUCUCGUUUGUGUUGUUGCGCAGAUGGCAGAGCCGAGUUUCUUGCCCACAGAUUGGGAAUCGCGAUUGUGACAAAACGGUUGUUGAGGGUUUCGGCUGCAGCAGACGAUAGAGCUCUCUCUAUACUAAGCACAGUAUCCAAAUACUCGCCGGAAAGCGAAGUGGUGGAAGAGAUGGUUAGCGUCAGGACGGUGGAGAAGCUUUGUAAAGUCCUAAGGAUAGACUGUAGUUUAAGCUUGAAGGAGAAAGCGAAAGAGAUACUUAGAGAUCAUUUUGAUGAGUGGAAGAAAUUUCCAUGCGUCGAUGUUGCUUUACUUACUAAGCUUUUAAGCUCUUCACCCAAAGAUCUACUCACUGAGUAUUACUCUAGAGUUGGUGUUUAGCACUUUUUUUCAUUUUGUACCGACAAUUGUAUGAAUACAAUGAGAAUCGAUCCCUCCACAGACCAAUUAGAUGGUGUGUAUAUGGUUAGGAGAUACAUCAAUUGAAUUUGAUGCAGUGAUUCCGCCU